AUGUAUGUAACGGAAUUUCAGAAACGUGGACUACCACAUGUGCAUAUGAUACUCAUCUUGGAUACUGAUGACAAGUUACGGGAACCUGAAGAGUAUGAUAGUAUGGUGAAAGCAGAAAUACCACGACAUGAGUCUAAGCCAGAAUUGUAUGAAGUGGUGUUAAAACACAUGAUCCAUGGUCCAUGUGGAGUAUUGAAUCAAAAAUCUCCAUGUAUGAAGAAUGGUCACUGUAAAAAAAAAAGAUACCCAAAAGAAUUUUGUGAAGAAACGCGUCAGGGAAAUGACUCAUACCCGGAAUACAGAAGAAGGUUUAGUGAUCCCAUUUUUCUAAAUAGAAAUAAGUCUAUUGAUAAUAGAUGGGUGGUUCCUUAUAACCCAUGGUUGUUGUUGAAGUAUGAUUGUCACAUCAAUGUCGAGAUUUGCAGCAGUAUCAAAAGCAUUAAAUAUUUGUAUAAAUAUGUUUACAAAGGUCCUGAUCGAGUUGCAAUGGAAGUUCACAGAGGUACAGGUUUGGAUGAGAUUCAACAAUAUGUUGAUGCAAGAUUGAUUUGUGCUCCAGAGGCAUUGUGGAAAAUAUUUAAAUUCACACUUUACAAGUUAUAUCCCUCUGUUGAACGACUACAAAUCCACUUGGCAAAUCAUCAUCAAGUGCGGUUUUAUAAGCAUCAAAGAAUCACAGAUGUGCUAAAUGAUAACCAAAAUGCAGUAACCAUGCUCACUGAAUUCUUUGCACUAAACCAAAUGGAUGUACAUGCUAGGAAUUAUUUGUACAGAGAGAUUCCAGAGCAUUAUUGUUGGCUAAAAGGGGUCAAAAAAUGGCAGCGAAGAUAG